AUGAGAACUGUACCCUUUGUAUCAAUAAUAUUUCUAACAAGUAUUUCAAUCACAUUUGCCGAUAAUUUCAAUUAUCCCGAAUGUAGACAAAAACCGAAUCAGGAAUAUGUUCCCGGUGGACAAAUUUUGUUUCUUUUUAUGGUUGGAUUUGGUGAAAGAAAUGUGAGUUUGUUUUGAUUUCGACAAAAAUAAUCAUCACAUUUUUACAGACUGAAGAAGUGUUCUAUGUAUUGAAACAAGUCACAUGUUGGCUUCCAGUUGUAUAUCAAGCGAGAUCUGCGGUUUUUGCGGAUGCCAGUGAAUCAAUUGAAAUUCAUCAUUCGUCGGAAUAUAAUCAAACUCGUGAUUCAUUGAAAAAACUUGCUGAAAAAAAUCAUAUAAGAGAAUUUUUCCAUUUAGAGCAUGAUCUUGAUACCUUAGUAUCUCUUAAUGAAACGCUCGAACAUUUCACACAAAUCUUCAUGAUUGUACAUCAGGCUCCAAGUGCGGCUACUAUUACUCGUAUCAAUCAUUUCAAUAGAUCUCAACUCGACUCAAGAUACGAAUUUUCACUUAUUAAAUUUGAUCAAAAACCAACUAGUGGAUAUUCGGCAACAUUAAAUGUGGAUCUCAAGGAUGUUGAUGUGACCAAGCGUAAGAUUAAAAAAAAUAAUAUUAUACUUGGUGUUUGAAAAAAUAAGUUAUUUUCAGCCAUCGCCUCUCAAAAACUUCAAAUUGCAACUAGAAAUUUGUAAGUGAGAAACUCGUCUUUCUCUUCUUCUUCAAAAUUUAAAUUUAAUUUAUUUCAUUUCAGCGUCGAUGAUAUUUUGGGUCGCAGAAGACAAACAGAACCAACCACAACACCAUUGCCAACUACAAAACCAAUAACACACCGUGCUUCUCAAGGCCCAAAAGCUACAACUCAAAAAUCUGAAAAAGAAGAAGAAUUUCCAGUAAUUUAUAUAAUUAUAGCAGCAGUUGUGGUUAUUCUGAUUUUGUUGAUUAUUGGUGUAAUUGUUAUGUUUAUUCUACGAAAGAAGAAAAUUGGUCGCAAAAACAAAGAUGUUGAGAAAAAUAAGAAGAAGGAGGCUGGAAAACCAGCAAAAUAA